AUGGUCCGUCCGGCCCCGCUCGGCUCCGCUCCCGCGGCGGCCCCGGACCCGCCCCACCUGCCCGGGGCUUCCGGGAGCGGCGCCGCCGGGUCCCGGUUCGGGUCUCGGUUCAGGGUCCCGGUUCAAGGUCGCGGAUCAGGGUCCCGGUUCGGGUCCCGGUUCAGGGGUCCCGGUUCAAGGUCCCGGUUCCGGUCCCGGUUCCGGUCCCGGUUCGGGUCCCGGUUCAGGUCCUGGUUCCGGUCCCGGUCCCGGUUCCGGUCCCGGUUCAGGGUCCCGGUUCAGGGGUUCCGGUUCAAGGUCCGGGUUCAGGGGUCCCGGUUCAGGGUCCCGGUUCAGGGAUCCCGGUUCCUGUCCCGGUUCCGGUCCCGGUUCCGGUCCCGGUUCGGUUCCCGGUUCCUGUCCCGGUUCCGGUCCCGGUUCCUGUCCCGGUUCCUGUCCCGGUUCCGGUCCCGAUUCGGUUCCCGGUUCCUGUCCCGGUUUUUGUCCCGGUUCCGGUCCCGGUUCCGGUCCCGGUUUUUGUCCCGGUUCCGGUCCCGGUUCCGGUCCCGGUACCUGUCCCGGUUCCGUUCCCGGUCCCGGUCCCGGUUCGGUUCCCGGUUCCGGUCCCGUUUCGGGUCCCGGUUCGGGUCCCGGUUCGGUUCCCGGUUCCUGUCCCGGUUCCUGUCCCGGUUCCUGUCCCGGUUCAGGUCCCGGUUCGGUUCCCGGUUCCUGUCCCGGUUUUUGUCCCGGUUCCGGUCCCGGUUCCGGUCCCGGUUCCUGUCCCAGUUCCGUUCCCGGUCCCGUUCCGUUCCCGGUUCCGGUCCCGGUUCCUGUCCCGGUUCCCGUUCCCGGUUCCGGUCCCAGUUCGGUUCCCUGUUCCUGUCCCGGUUCCUGUCCCGGUUCCGGUCCCGGUUCCGGUCCCGGUCCCGGUCCCGGUCCCGGUUCGGCCCGGCGCGGCGGAGGCGGCCCGAGCGGGGGGAGGCGGCGGAGCCUCCGCCGAGCCCCACCGGGUCCGCCAAGUCCUCCGGCGGCGGCCCCGGGCCGGCGCGGCGGCUGCUGGGCUUCGAGCUGCGGGAGCUGACGCGGUGGCACCGCUUCGUCCGGCUGCUGCACCGGCCGCAGGACCCCGCCGCGCUCGGCGCUUUCCGCGCGGCCUUCGGGCUGCUGAUGGCGCUGGACGUGCCGCAGGAGCGCGGGCUGGGCCAGCUGGACCGGCGCUACCUGGACGGGCUGGAGGUGUGCCGCUUCCCGCUGCUGCCCUUCCUGGCGCCGCUGUGCUGGUGCCACCCCGGGCGUGUCCCCCGUUGUCCCCACGGCUCUGGCAGUGGGUGGCAGUGGCCGUGUCCCCCCGUGUCCCCCCGUGUCCCCCCGUGUCCCCGCAGCUCCGUGGACGGGCUGUUCCGGCCCCAGAAGCGCAACGCCCACGUGCCGCUGUGGAACUACACCCUGCUGCGUGCCCAGGUGUUCAUCGUGUACUUCAUCGCGGGGCUGAAGAAGCUGGACGCCGACUGGGUCGGGGGCUUCUCCAUGGGGACCCUGGCCCGGCACUGGCUCUUCGCACCCUUCAGGCUGGUGCUGUCGGAGGAGCUGACCAGCCGGCUGGUGGUGCACGGCGGCGGCCUCGUGCUCGACCUCUCCGCCGGCUUCCUGCUCUUCUUCGACGCCACGCGCCCGCUCGCCCUCGUCUUCGUCACCUACUUCCACUGCAUGAACUCGCAGCUCUUCAGCAUCGGCAUGUUCUCCUACAUUUCCCCGUGCCUCGGUUUCCCCGCGCCGCCGCAGGCGUUCACGCAGAGCCGCCGCUGGCGGGACCACGCCGACAUGCUGAAGCAGUACUCGGCGUGCCUGAGCCGCCUGCUGCCGCGCUACAACGUCAGCCAGCCCCAGAUCUACUUCGACGUCUGGGUGUCCAUCAACGAGCGCUUCCAGCAGAGGCCGGCGGGGCAGUACCACAAGGUGCACACGGUGUCCCCCGAGCCCUCGUGCUACAUGUACCUGUACGUGAACACCACGGCGCUGGAGCUGGAGCGGAACCUGACGCGGCUGCGGGAGCUGCGGGAGCGCGUGCGCAACGGCACCGGUGAGACCGGGGCGCCCCGGGCAGCUGGGCACCCCGACACCCCACGCCCGGGAACCCGGAAUCCUUGCCUCGCUUCCUGGGACCCCGAAAUCCCCAUCACCCGACGCCCUGGGUGCCACCGCUGUCCCCGCAGUGCCCUGAUGACGCUGAUCGCGCUGCGCAACCUGGCGCUGGGCCGCCCGGCCCCGGAGCGCCUGGCACGGGAGGUUGCCUUCGCCAGCUGGCGCGGCGAGGACGAGGAGGAGGAGGAGGCUCGGCCCGAGAGCGACGGGGGAGCCCCGAGGGGCCCCGAGCUCUGAGCACCCCAAAUAAACGCGUUUUCGUAAGCCAGAAA